AUGGAGGAAGCGGUCACCUACACCGCUGGCGAUACGUCCGACCCACCAGAUCUUCGACUCUUGCACUUCAACGACGUCUAUCAUCUCGAUGCCUGUUCGAGGGAGCCAGUAGGCGGCAUUACCCGCUUUCAGACUGUCUGCAACUACUACCGCAACGACGAUCGCUUCUCAGGCCAGCCAAUUCUGAUCCCGCUGUUUUCUGGAGAUGCCUUCAACCCCAGCUUGGAGAGCAGUGUCACAAAAGGGCGUCAUAUGGUGCCUAUAUUGAACAUGAUAGGAACACAAGUCGCUUGUGUUGGAAACCACGAUCUCGACUUCGGCGUCAAACAGUUUCGGAGCCUUGCGCGGCAAUGUACCUUUCCUUGGUUGUUGGCCAAUGUCCUAGAUCCACAACAUGGCCCGGAUGUUCCUCUCGGCAAAGCAUUGAAGACCACCAUGCUAACUUCUUCCAAUGGGAUCAAGAUCGGAGUUAUUGGUCUCGCCGAGCGCGAGUGGCUGGAUACCAUUAACUCUCUGCCUCCCAACUUGAUUUACAAGUCAGCGUCAGAAACAGCUAAGGAACUAGUCCCGAAGUUGCGGGAACAAGGCGCGGAGAUGAUCAUUGCGCUAACCCACCAGCGAGAGCCGAAUGACAACAAACUUGCCGAAAAGACGCCAGAAGGCCUGAUAGAUCUAAUUCUCGGAGGACACGACCACUAUUACCAGCACUCGCUGAUCAACGGAACUCACGUCUUGCGGUCAGGAAGUGACUUCAAGCAACUUAGCUAUAUCGAAGCACGACGGCGGCCCGGCGUCGACCAAAAAUGGGACUUUCAUAUUGUGCGACGAGACAUCGUGUCAGAUAUCGCCCCAGACGAGAAGAUGACUGAAAUAGUCGAGGGGCUGACAGCGUCCCUGAAAGACAAACUGGAAAAGCCAUUGGGAUAUACUGCUGCUCCCCUGGAUGCAAGAUUCACCACAGUGCGACUUAAGGAGUCCAACAUUGGCAACUUUGUUUGCGAUUUGAUGCGGGCUCACUACAAUGGCGAUUGCUGCCUCAUGGCGUCUGGGACUAUCCGUGGGGACCAAAUAUAUCCUCCGGGAGUACUGAGGCUCAAAGACAUCAUGAAUUGUUUUCCAUUUGAGGACCCGACUAUCGUCAUACGAGUCACAGGGGCUGCUCUGCUUGCAGCUCUCGAAAAUUCCGUGUGUGCCUACCCUGCUCUCGAAGGCCGCUUCCCUCAAGUCUCGAAUAUUAUUUUUGAAUUUGAUCCAUCCCUACCACCACACCAUCGAAUAAAGUGGGCCAAGGUUGGUGGUGAGCCAUUGGAUCUGGAAAGAAAAUACGUCCUUGUUACACGAGGAUACAUGGGCCGAGGCAAGGACGGUUUUGACUCUUUGUUGGUGAAAUCCGAAGGCGGCGAAGCCGAAGAACUUGUCUCCGAAGAGAACGGCAUCUUGAUAAGCAUGUUGCUGCGGCAAUAUUUCAUGUCUUUGAAGAUCCUCGGCAAGUGGAAGCAUUGGGGCAAAAGCUUGACUCGGCAUUGGAACGCCAUCCACGAGGACUUGCACGAAACACACCCGGUAGUGGAGCCGAAUCUCACCGACAUGGAUGAAAAUCAGUUGAAACGAUUACGCAGUAAGACAGGAACGAUAACUCCCCUGGAUGACUCGGAAGAUGAGAGUGAUCACCGCGUGCAAAACCCUUCGGAUAUGUUGAGCGAGCGUGAGUCCCUAGUGGCCAGGAAAGUGACGCGAAAAUGGCGUCGUCUAGCUGGCGUGCGGCAUGAGGCGGGAUGCGUCGAUCCUAUGCACGAAGGCGAGUUCCAAGUUGAUUGGACCAGGGUAAGUGCACCACAUGAGCUGCGUCGGCUCAUUGAUGACUGCCCCCCGGGAUCUUGA